AUGCCACCGAAGAGGAAGGCUCAGGGGGCCGGCACCGGCAGCAUCAAGGUUGGAAAGGGCUCUGCGGUUUCGACCCCAGGAGGAGCUACUCCGAGGAGCGCUGCUAGCGACAACGAGUCCUCGGCUGUGGAUCCCGUCAGCGAACCCGAAGAUGAGAACCUCGAGAAGAACGUCGACAAGUUCUCCGUCGAGGCCUACCUCGAUCGACCGAAAGCGAACGGCCACGAGUCUAUGUCAGCAUUGUUUAAGAAGCGUCGCGACUUCUCGUACCUGCAACUUAAGCCCGAUUACCAAAACCGCCCGCUCUGGAUCGACCCAGCCAAGGGACGUAUUUUCCUCGAGAGCUUCAAUCCGCUUGCCGAGCAAGCGCAGGACUUCUUGAUCACCAUCGCCGAGCCGAUAUCGCGACCCUCGUUCGUCCACGAAUAUGCCCUCACCACACACAGCCUGUACGCUGCCGUCUCGGUGGGCUUGUCGCCCGGAGACAUCAUCAAUACCCUCGACCGUUUUCUGAAGAUGCCCCUACCCGAGAGUAUCCGCAAAUUCAUCGAGGGAUGCACACAGAGCUUUGGCAAGGUGAAGCUCGUCUUGAAGAACACAAAGUACUUCGUAGAAAGUACCGAUCCAGUAAUUCUGCAAAAGUUGUUGAAGGAUCCUGUGAUUGGACCUCUGCGAGUACACGGAAACGAGGAAAUUACAACCACAGCCGCUCCGAAGCAAGGCCCUCUGGUCAUUCCAGGCACGGCCAACGCUGCUGGAGUGAGACAGGCUGAAGAGCAGAAAGCCAAGGGACGCGAGGGCGACGCCAAGGAGAGCGAAGUUUACGCGGCACUGAACGACGACGAUGACGACGAUCAGGAAAUCACCCACGCCUUUGAAAUCUCGGAUGACGCUGUCGAGACCGUGCAAAAGCGGUGUCUCGAAUUGGAGUAUCCCGUGCUUGAGGAGUACGAUUUCAGAAGAGACGAAGCCAACCCGAACCUCGAAAUCGAUCUGCGGCCCGGCACUUUGAUUCGACCGUACCAAGAAAAGAGUCUAAGCAAGAUGUUUGGUAACGGUCGAGCCAAGAGUGGUCUGAUCGUUCUUCCUUGCGGUGCUGGAAAGACGCUUGUCGGUAUCACGGCAGCUUGCACCGUCAAGAAGGGUGUCAUCGUACUUUGCACCAGUUCCAUGUCCGUCGUUCAGUGGAGAAACGAGUUUCUCAAAUGGUCCAACAUCAAACCUGAGGAUAUCGAAGCAUUCACUUCCGACAACAAAGGCAGAAUCUUUCCGGGUAAUACCGGUAUCAUCGUCACCACGUAUUCCAUGGUCACGCAGACCAGAGAGAGAUCUCACGAAGCGAAGAAGAUGAUGGACUUCCUGCAGACUCGAGAGUGGGGUCUGAUGCUUCUCGACGAAGUGCACGUCGUGCCUGCGAAUAUCUUCCGCAAGGUCACCUCCUCUAUCAAGACUCACUCGAAGCUCGGUCUCACUGCCACUCUUCUUCGCGAAGAUGACAAAAUCUCCGAUCUGAACUUCCUCAUCGGACCCAAACUGUACGAGGCGAAUUGGAUGGAGCUUUCUGAACAAGGCCACAUUGCCAAGGUUCAGUGCGCCGAAGUCUGGUGCCCCAUGACGACGGAGUUCUACGACGAGUAUCUUAAGGCCUCUGCACGGAAACGCGCUUUGCUUUACAUCAUGAAUCCUCGCAAGUUCCAGGCCGCUCAGUACCUCAUCAACUACCACGAGUCCCGAGGAGACAAGAUCAUCGUGUUUUCAGACAACGUGUACGCGCUGAAGACCUACGCCGAGAAGCUCGAAAAGGCCUACAUUUACGGCGGUACGGGUCAAGCAGAACGCAUGAACAUUCUUCAGAACUUCCAGCACAACCCGCAGGUCAACACCCUAUUCUUGUCCAAGAUCGGAGACACGUCGCUGGACUUGCCCGAGGCGACGUGCCUCAUCCAGAUCUCAUCGCACUACGGUUCUCGUCGUCAAGAGGCCCAGCGCCUCGGCCGUAUCCUGCGAGCCAAGAGAAGAAACGACGAGGGCUUCAACGCCUUCUUCUACUCCCUCGUGUCCAAGGAUACACAGGAGAUGUACUACUCCUCCAAACGCCAGGCUUUCCUCGUCGACCAGGGCUACGCCUUCAAGGUCAUCACCCAACUCGCCAACAUCGAGAAGACGCCCGGUCUCGCCUACGCUGCCGCCAGUGAGAGGCGCGAACUGCUGCAGAAGGUGCUCAUCGAGAACGAGGCCGGCGGCGAGGACGAAGUCAUCGACGACUUGUUCCACAGCGGCAACAUGGGUCGCGCGCCCGCCAGGGGCAAGAAGAAGGCCGCGGCGCGGAGGACGGCCGGUCUGCUCGGCGAUUUGUCCGGCGGCCAGGACAUGGCCUACAUGGAGCAGAACAAGAGGGUGAGGCUGAAGAAGGCCAAGCCCGAGAGCAGCUCGUUCUUCAAGAAGAUCCAAAGGGAAAAGGCCAAGCGGUAA